AUGUCAGAGACAAAUUCCAAGAAUCCUGAAGUUAUUGAAACUACAGAAGUCCCAACUGCCAAACAUUUCAAAUAUGAUGCUGAAGAACGUAGACAACGUUUAGCAGGUGGUGCAAAAUUAAAAGAUAUAAUGAUGAUUUUAUGUGCUGGGUUUGCAUUAAUCUCAGAUGGUUAUCAAAAUAAUGUUAUGUCAAUGUUAAAUAAAGUUUUUGCCAUUGAAUAUCCUUCAGUUUAUGAUUCUGGAAUGUCUACUCAAGUUUCUAAUGCUUCUUUAGUUGGUACUAUUUUAGGUCAAGUUUGUUUUGGAUUAACUGUUGAUUAUAUUGGUAGAAAAUGGUCAAUUGUUACUGCUACAUUCUUGUUAAUUUUUGGAUCAAUGAUGUGUGCUGCAUCUCAUGGUGUGACUGUUAGAGGAAUGUUUUGGAUGUUGACUAUUUUUAGAGGUGUCACUGGCUUUGGUAUUGGUGCUGAAUAUCCAUCAUCUUCAGUUACUGCAAGUGAAGCAGCAAAUGAAUCGGUUAAAAAAAGAGGUCGUGCUUUUGUUUUGGCAACAAAUUUACCAUUAUCUUUUGGUGGUCCAUUUGCUUUAAGUAUAUUCUUAAUUGUUAACAAAAUUUGUGGUAAACACUUAGAUGCUACUUGGAGAACAAUGUUUGCCAUUGGUUGUUUUUGGCCAUUAUCUGUGUUAUAUUUCCGUUUGAAAAUGGUCACUUCUGAAUUAUAUACCAAAUCAGCUAUUAAACAAAGAGCUCCUUAUUGGUUAGCAUUCAAAUAUUAUUGGCCACGUUUAAUUGGUACUUGUGUUGCAUGGUUCUUGUAUGAUUUUGUUACUUUCCCAAAUGGUAUUUUCUCAGCUGGUAUCAUUUCCAAUGUUAUUUCUCCUCUGGAAAAGAAUAAUUUGGAAAAAAUCGCUGAAUGGAAUUUAUUAUUAGGUGCUAUUGCUCUUCCUGGUGUUUUCUUAGGUGCUAUGGUUAUUGAUAAAAUUGGUAGAAAAUACACCAUGAUGAUUGGAUUUUCAGGUUAUAUUGUCUUUGGAUUAGUUGUUGGUUGUGCUUAUAAACAAAUCAAACCAAUCACUGGUUUAUUCAUUGUAUUUUAUGGAUUAAUGAUGAGUUGUGGUAAUUUUGGUCCUGGUAAUGUUAUGGGUACUAUUUCUUCUGAAUCGUAUGCUACUCCAAUAAGAGGUACCGCAUAUGGUCUCUCGGCUGCAAUUGGUAAAGUUGGAGCUGUUGUUGGUACUAAAACUUUUGCACCAAUUCAAAAAAAUUUAGGUGAUAGAUGGACUUUUAUAAUUGCUGCUAUCUGUGGAUUAGCUGGUGUUUUAGUUACUUUUAUCUUUGUUCCUCACUUAAAAGAAGAAGAUUUAAUGGAAGAAGAUGUCAAAUUUAAAAAUUACUUGAUUGAUCAAGGUUGGAAAGGUAAAUUUGGUGUUAAAACUUAUGAUGCUGAAGAAGAUUUAGAAGGUAAUCAAGAAUCAUCAUCUGAUGUUGAAUAUAUUAAAGAUGAAGAAUAUUAUGCUAGAGAUAACAAGUAG